AUGGUUUUGAAUAAUGUUCAAAGAAAAUCGCCAGCCAAGCAUCUCUAUAUCGUCGGUGGAACUCCAGCUCUUCGUGGCGAAUUUCCAGCAUUGGGUGCCAUGCGUGAUGACAGCGGCGUCCUCGUUUGUGGUGGAACUUUAAUUGCACCUUCCCACGUCCUGACGGCUGCCCAUUGUCUAUCAGGAUUACGUCCUGAAGUUGUAAGCAGGUAUAGCUUAAUCUUUAACUCUUUGACGUGGAAUGGCGGAACGGGUUCCGUCGCUAGAACAGUGAAGAGAGCCAUCAUUCAUGAAAAUUGGAACCCCGUUGGUACGAAAAAUGACAUUGCCAUUGUGGUGUUGAAUUCACCCAUCACAACAAUUGCCUUUACUAAACUUCCGACGGAUUCAACAGCUUUGACCACAAAGAAACCAACCACAAAACGACCAACCACGAAAUUACCAACCACAAAACGGCCAACCACAAAAGCACCAUGUUCGUGUACUUGUUGGGUUUGGUUGGGGUUGGGGUUUCGGCUGUGCUGAUCCCAACUUUGCUGGAAUUUAUGCACGUGUCACAACGUAUGUUGACUGAAUCGCAAAAACGGUGGCCAACAACCCAGCGUAGAAAUAUGGCGCUAUUCAGUAUAUAUAGACAGCCAGACUAACACGACAUGGAAUUUCUUUUAAAAUUGACUUUGGCGUGUAUCGACCGUUUCACCAACACCAUUGGUUUUGGUGUUUUUAUGAAACGGUAGAUAUUCGUCAUUGCUGUGAUUGUCUUUUAAGCUUUGUUUGCCGUGUGUUUGCAUUGGAUGGGGCAUAAUAGAAUUUAGUCAUUCAGCAG